GGCCAGCACGUCUAGCCAGCUCGAAGUGCCACGACUUCACAGCGGAUCACGGAUUCUCCAGCUGAGUGAGGGGGGAGAGCACUGGAAAAAGCUAGUUAGCUAGAUAGCUGGAGAAAUAGGUGGCUUUACACAGAAGUCACUUCAAUAGACAGUUACAACUCAAAGCUGUUCGCCCUCUCUCCAUUCCCUUUGAAGCAAGCAGACGUAGCUACAUCACCAACGAGGUCAACUGAAAUUCAACAAUGGAUAUCUAUGACCCCCAGACCCUUGGGAUAAUGGUAUUUGGUGGAUUCAUGGUGAUCUCUGCUAUCGGGAUUGCUCUUGUCUCCUCCUUCUCCAUGAAGGAGACCUCUUAUGAGGAAGCCCUGGCUAAACAACGCAGGGAGUUGGGUAAAAUACAGUCUCGCUCUGACAAAAAGAAGAGAGACAAGGUCUCUGAGAAGAAGGGCCGUGGCAAGAAGAAAGACGAAAAGCCCAAUGGAAAGAUCCCAGAGCCUGAAAAAUUGCAAGAGGAAGUUGAAGCUGAGGCAGUCAUUGAGCCUGCUGCUGCUCCAGUUGUAGCUGCUGCUCCUGUCCCUGCCCCGGAACCUGUCCCUGCUUUUGAGGUUAAGCCAACUGCCGCCCCAGCCCCAGCAGCCACCCAACCAAAGAUUGCUGCUGAACCAAGCCCUGCUCUUUCUGAUCCCUCACCUUCACCCUCACCUAAAGAGAAAAAGAAGAAGAAGGUGGCUAAGGUGGAGCCAGCCUCUACCCAAACGGCCCCACUUGUGGCUGCCCCUGCACCAGUCAAGUCCUCCGCAGUCCCUGCAUUAACCCAGGCCCCCGUGUCUGCCCCGACUAAAGCAACCGCCCCAUCCUCUGCAUCUGCCCCACCCAAGACCGCCCCUGCAUCAGCUAAGUCUGCCCCUGCAGCAGCCAAAGCUGCUGCAGCCCCAACCAAAGCUGCUGCAGCCCCAACCAAAGCUGCUGCAGCCCCAACCAAAGCUGCUGCAGCCCCAGCCAAGUCUGCUGCAGCCCCAGCCAAGUCUUCAUCUGCUCCAUCCAAGACUGCCCCAGUGCUGGAAGCUGUCACUAAAGACGUGCCAGUGAUGGCAGUGACCCCAGUGGGAUCUCAGCAGGCUCCUGCUGUUGCAGGAAAAGUAACGGAGCCCAAGAAGAAGGCCUCCAAGAAAAAGACUGAGUCUGUGGCAGCAGUGGAUUCUGCUGAUGCUCCUCUGUACCUGCCCUACAAGGCUCUGGUGUCCACCAUCAGUAGCAUGGUGUUCAGUGAGGGAGAGGCCCAUAGGCUCAUCGAGAUCCUGUCUGAGAAAGUCGGCAUCAUUCAGGACACCUGGCAUAUGGCCUCUCAGAAAGGAGACCCAGUGGCCAUGCUGAAGAAACAACUGGAGGAGAGGGAGAAACAGCUGGCCUUAGAACAAGAGGAUGCAUCUGCAGCAAAGAACCGUCUCAGAGAACUCACAAAGGAGCUGUCUGCUGAGAAGUCCAAGGUGGCCAGUGUGGAAACGAGGCUGAGUUCCCAGCUGAGUAAGAGGGAGCAAGAAAUGAUUGCUCUGCAAGCACGUAUGCAGGCCAGCUACCAGGACCAUGUAGCACAGACCCAGGGCCUCAAUGCAAAGAUUGUCAGCCUGCAGGACCAGCUGGAAAAAGGUCCCAAUGCCCAGCUAGCCCGUCUACAGCAGGAGAACUCUAUUCUCCGUGAUGCCCUCAACCAAGCCACCAGUCAGGCUGAGAGCAAGCAAAAUGCAGAGCUGGCCAAGCUGCGUCAGGAAUGCACAAAGCUAACCAAGGAACUUGGAGAGAAGACCGAGAGUCUGCAUGCUGAUGAGAUCAUCAGGAAAGGGCUGGAGGCCAAGGUCUCCGCUACUGAGAAGCAGCUCUCCCUGCUGCAGGCCAGCCAUGGGGAGAGCGAGCAGGCGUUGCAGAGGAGAUUGGAGGAGGUGUGUGAGGAGCUCCGAGUAACACAGAGUAAAAACAACAGCCUGCAGGCCACUCUGGAUGAUGCCCAGCAGGACAGCAGCAAACUCUCAGAGUUUCAGGUGCGAAUUGGGAGAUUGGAGGCUGAAAUCAGUGAGCGCUCUGCUCAGGCGGAUGCCCUGACUGCCCAGCUGGAGGAGACACAGGCAGAGAAAAGCCAGCUUGUACAGCAGGUGGCCUCCAUCAACGCACUGCUUGAGGCUAGUCAGACCAAAAAGGAGGAGGGUACCAAUCAGGUGAAUGCUGCAGAAGUGGAACAGCUAAAGCUCAGCCUUCAGGAGAGAGACGACCAGCUGAACACGCUUCACGAGGAGCUGAAGCAACUGCAGACGAAGCAGGAAGCUGCUGAGAACACUAUCGUUGAGCUGGAGCAAAGGAAUAAGAGUGAGGAUAUCAGCCUCAUCACAUCGCUUCAGGAUGAACUUAAAAACCUCAAAGAAGAGAUGGUGCAAAUUAAGAACACACCACAGUCCGAUAAUUCCACAGAGCUGGCAUUACUACAGAACAGCCUGGCUGAGAAGGAUACCCUUGUCACAUCACUACAAGAGGAGCUGAGAGAAUUGAGAGAAAAGACGACCAUUGAUGCACAGAACGUUACGGCAGAACUGGCAGCUUUUCAAACUGAAGCCAAAGAAACUCUCCAGACCCUCUUCCCACAGAUACCCGUAGAGACAGAGCAGUCCAACUGGUUACAAGUAUUUACGCAGAAAGCUCAGGAGGCUCUCAGCCAGCAGAGCCAAGCGUCUCAGUCAAGCACAGCAUUGCCUGAGUUGCUCGAGAAACUGAAGGAGGCUGAGGAGAGCCACGGCACACUGCAGGCUGAAUGUGAACAGUACAGGACCGUCCUGGCUGAAACAGAAGGAAUGCUGAAAGAUCUGCAGAAGAGUGUGGAGGAAGAAGAGCUGGUAUGGAAGUCCAAGAUGGCUAACUCAGAGGAACAGCUGAGGGUGGCUUUGGAGAAGGUCAGCAAGCUGGAGGCAGAAAACCAAAGUGUAGAACAGUUGAAGGAGCAGAUGAUGCUUCUGGAAGCCCAGCUGGAGAAGCAGUCGGACAACCAGGGGACCUCGGAGGAGAAGGAGCAGCUGAUGCUGCAGCUGUCGGGGUGUCAUUGCCAGCUGGAUUUGGCCCAGAAGGAGGCCCAGGCACACAAGGAGGAGCUUGCACAGGUCAGAGAGCAGCUGGGCGAGAUCACGAUGCGGGCUCAGCGAGAACCGAAUGGCCCAGCUGAGGCUCAACCCAGUCAGUUCCAGAACACAUUGAGUCAGACAACUGAACAGCUGCACUGGGAGGUGGCUCAGAGACAGCAGCUUUCAGAAGAGUUUGAGCAGGCCCAGAAGACUAUAACAGAACUUCAGGCUCAGUUGGAUCUUGUGAAUGUUUCUGCAGAGUCGCCACAAGCUGAAACGGAAGACGUUGCUCAGCUCAAGGAGCGCCUGGAGAAGGAGAAGAAGCUGUCCAAAGACCUGGGCCAGGCAGCCACCAAGCUUCAGCAGCUUCUCAAAGCCACUCAGGAGCAGCUGACCAAAGAGAGAGACACCGUGAGAACACUACAGGAGCACCUGGAGGGCAAGGGAGAACACGUGGAGCUAAAGGAAGGAACGUCCGUCUGAAAGGAAGUUCACUGCAGACACUACGAAAAACUGCCAAAUAUGCCUUAUGAUUACCAUAGUUAUGCAUUCCAAAACAAUGUCUUUCUCGUACUGUAGAUUGCAUUGCAUUUGUUGCACCUGUAGGAAUCAAAUGUUUGAUAUUAUGAGCAGUAAUAUUAGAGGAGAUGAUCCUGCUACAAUCUUUAUUGAAACCCACAUUCCAUCAACAAUUCUGGCUAUGUCAGAAGUUAUUUAUCCCCCUGCCUUAUAUUCCAGUCAAUUCCCCAUAGUUCAGUGUUAAAAAGGGAAACCGAUUGUACGUCAAAUGUACAUCAACCUGUGCAAUUACUUUUGUAUGUCUUUUCUAUGUGGUUGAAUGAUGGGAACAUGUUAUGGUUCAAUGUACCUUUAGGGCCUGCUUUCUUCUGUAGCUGGCUGCCAAUUACACACGUCGAAUUUGUAUGAAUGAAUAAACUACAGUGUAGCUCUCUA